AUGGGGCGCCCAAAGAAAACCCGCCCCUUCCCCGGGUCGAAGCGCCUGUCGCUCGGCCGCUCAGCCGCUCGGAUGGAGUCGACGCCGCUGCUCCCCGGCGGCGGCGCCUGUCCCACGGGCGGCACCUUCGGGGCCGAGGGCCUCAGCAGCGCGGAGGCGAAGAACCGCCGGGCGGAGGAUGGGCCCAACGUGCUGGACCCGCCGCCCAAGGAGCGGAGCGACGCGGUGGUGUCUUAUAGCUUGGGGGACAAGCACAAAGCGGCGAUCCUGGCGGCCGUGGUGAUCUUCGUGUGUCUCUUGAAUACCUACGGCGAGUACAGCGGCUCGGGCUGUGGCAGUCAAGAUGCCGGCUCUGCGCUCAUCAAGAUGGCCCCGCCGCGCACCACCUGCCUCCGCGAGGGCCGGGAGGUCUUGUUGGAGGCUUCGGAGCUGGUGACGGGAGAUGUGGUGCUGGUGAAGAUGGGCGAGGUGGUCCCCGCAGACAUGGUGAUCCUUGAGGCCACGGACCUCAAGGCCAAUGAGGCAGUGCUCUCUGGGGAGCCCUCCGAGGUGUCCAAAUCCCCGGAUCUGCCAAGGGACCCACAGGCGCCCUUUCAGUCCAACAUGCUCUACAGCGCCACGGAAGUGGUGUCUGGCUAUGGCAAGGCUGAGGUCACGGACACUGGCAUGCGCACGCAAGUGGGCCUCAUCGCCAAGCGAUUGGGCCAGAAGAAGAGCAUUAUGGAGAAGAACCCCCUCAUGGUAUCAGUCAACAAGCUGGCGACCUACUUGGCAGCGGUGCUUGUGGUAGUGAUCUUGCUAGCGACUGCGGUAGCCUUCAAGACAGGGUACCAGGACCCUGCGAAGCCGUGCGCGGAAGAGGACGAGCGAUGCUUCCUGGAGACUGCAGCUUUGCGUGCUGUCGUCAUGGCGGUCGCACUGAUUCCCCACGGAAUUCCGCUGAUUUGCACCAUCAUGCUGCGGGUGGGCUCCAUUGAGAUGGCCAGGAACCAGGGGGUGGUCAUGAAAGUCUCCGCGGUGGAUUACUUGGCGGCCACCACGGUGAUCUGUACCGACAAGACGGGCACCCUGACCGAGGGCCGUAUGGCUGCGACGCAGGUUAUGGGCUUUGCGGCCUCCGAAGCGGGGGAGGCUAGAGAGUCCUCGCUCUCCUUCUACCCGCUCAAAGGCCUGUCGCCGAACGGGGGUAUCUUCCCCACGGCCUCGCUCACGCAGAAGCACAAAGAGCUCAUGGAUCAGCGCUUCGACCCCCACAUCCGGCGCCAAGACUUCUCGCAGCCGGACCUGCCGGACCUGGGACUGGCGGAAGCGGACACGGACGCGGGGCUCUUUGCGAAGAUUCAUCUGGCCUGCGCCUUUCUCUCCUGCCACAGCACGCAGCUGCUGGAUGCGGGCAACGGCCACUGGGAAGCCCGGGGCAACCUCACGGAAGCAGCGCUCAAGGUGGCAGCUGCCAAGGGCGGCUUGGAGGACAGUUUCUUGGACGCCUACCCGCGGCAAGCUGCGUUGGAAGUGCCCUUCAACAACACGCGGAAGAUGGCGGCCACCGUCCACCAGCUGCCCGCGGACGGUGCCGCUUCGGAGUCCAAGUGCGCGCUGGGGAUGAAAUUCCCAGCAGAGGCCUCGCACUUCGCCAUUCUCAAGGGCGCCCCGGAGAAGUUGGCGGAGCGUUGUGGCGCCCUGCCGCGCCUUAGCUCUCUCGAGCUGCAGCUUCCAGGCCGCCCUAUGGAAGCGGCAGACCUCGCUCGCCUGAAGCAGCGGAACGCCGAUCUGGCGCACCAGGCGCUGCGGAGCUUGCUGCUGGCGGUCAAGCCCUUGACGCAGGCAGAGAUCGCGGCCAUGUCGUCGGGCUCCGCGGAUGAUCGCCUGGCCUUGAUCCUGCAGGAUCCCGGCAGUGUGGCGCCGAUCAGCCUGUGGGGCAUCUACGACCCGCCACGGGCCUCGGUGCCUCCGAGCAUCGCCAAGUGCCACAAAGCGGGGAUCCAGGUCGUUAUGAUCACCGGGGACCAGCAGGCCACGGCAGCGGCCAUUGGAAAGCAGAUCGGGAUCCUGCAGCCAGAGGACACCAUGGAAGAGUGCACCGCGCUGUGCGGGGAGCUGCAUGAGAAACCCCGGAGGAGUUUUCAGGACAAGCGCUUGUCGCGGAGGGCGUCCGAGAUCCUGCGGGACUCCUCUGCCAAGGCGGAGGAGAAAGUGGAUGUCUCGCAGAAGCGGGGCUCCAAGCGUCUGUCGGUGCACGACCUACGAAGUCCCAAGGACCACGAGCCGGAGUUCCGAUCAGAGGAGGAGCUUGGAGCCAUCACCUCGCGCGUGCGCUGCUUCGCACGGGCCCUGCCCUCGGACAAGGUGGCCAUCGUGGCCUCGUUGAUGUCCCGCGGCCACGUGGUGGCCAUGACGGGCGACGGGGUGAACGACGCGCCGGCCCUGAAGAACGCGGACGUGGGGGUGGCCAUGGGCAUCACAGGGACCGCGGUGACGCAGAACGCCAGUGACCUGGUGCUUAUGGACGACAACUUCUCCACCAUCGUGUUGGCAAUCGAGGAGGGCCGGCGCAUCUUUGGCAAUGUGCAGAAGUACGUGGUUGCGAACCUCAGUCUCAAGUUCGGCGAGAUGGUGAGUCUCAUGAUCUCCAUCGCCCUGGGCAUCGUGACACCUCUGCAGCCCACGGUGCAGCUGUUGAACCUCUUCGUGACGCACAUCCUGUGCACCAUGUGCUUCGCCUUUGAGGGUGCAGAGGAUUACAUCAUGAAGAUCCCCCCCAGGGAGGUGAAGAACGAUCUGGUGCUCACCAGGACUCAGAUCCUGUGUCGCUGGCUGCCCUUCGUCCUCUACUUCCCCGUGGUGGUCUACAGCUCGCUCUGCUUGGGCACCUGGGGCCUUACGGGCUCCAUGAGCAAUGCGGUUCUGCUCGGCAGCACGCGGAUUGACGACCUGAAGCUGGGGCGCACCCUUUGCGAGCACGCGGGCUGGCAGCGGGAGGAUGGGCACUUUGAGCGCGACCCCCGGCCCUUCCACUGCGUGUGCCACACCAGCCUGGACGGGAACCCCUGGUCCCCCUCUGUGCCACUGGAGCAGUGGGGUGGAUCAGCGCAAAAGGAGUCUGUGAGGCCUUGUAGCCGUCCGGACUUGGCGCAGCACUGGUGCUGGGAGGACGACGUGCCGCGAGCGACCAGACCAGUUCUGGGCGAAAGCUGUACAGAGCACGGUAUCAAGGUGGGUCAGACCAUGGCCUUGGUCACCAUCAUGUUGGGGGAGGUGCUGAGCUUGAUGAGCUUCCGCACUGAUGGCUUCUUUCUGUUCUCCAUCUUCAAGAAUCCACUCUACAUCUUGUCCCUCGCGAUGAACGUUUCUGUCAUGCUGGUCUUCGUCUACAACCCGCAAGUCGCCUCGAUUUUGGAUCUGGUCCCCCUGCAAAGAAGCCAGUUCCUGGCGGCAGCGGCGCUGGCAUCUAGCCUCGUGAAGCUCAACGAGAUCACCAAGGCCUUCUUCCGCUGGCAGCUCGCUGGACAGAUCGCCAUCCUCGAGAAGGAGGCCCAGCAGCGCGUGGCUCCGAGCGCCAACGCGAAGGAAGCGGUCGCCAAGGUGUGA